GUGAGGUGAAGAGCAGACGCUCGGUGUGUCGCUCCUUCUCUCUCUCCCUCCCCUUCACACCUUACCAACACAUUCACGCUUCACCACCAGUCUUCUCAUAACGGGUGAGAGACACGAGAAACACAUAAAAUAACACCACGCAUGUUAAGAACCUUAUGUAACUCCAAAGUUCCUCCUAAAAAAAAAAACUUUCAAAACUCCCAUUUUUUCGGACCUUUGCUGGCGGAAAGUUGUGAUACAUGAUCUUAACCAACCAAGACUCGUGUGGUUGGCUGGACGAGGUGGAGUGGUGGUGAUGUGGUGUCAUGGUAGUUAGAUGCCACGUGCACUACAGUGACCGAAGAUAGUGGCAACAUCAGCGUGGCAACACGGUGUCGUGUUUACCCAGGGAACUUGGAACGACUCAGCGGCGUUACUUUUUUUUUUUUUUUGUCAAUGAUGAUGGUGUUGGUGUUGGCAACAAGUGUGAAGGCAACCAAGUGGACUAAGGUGGGGAAGAUGGGAGAGCUUUAGUGAGCAGGCAGGGUGGCGGAACAAACUGUAACUCAUGAUGACUGUACGAGUGUGACUGAACUGUAUCAAAUUAGUGACUUUGUCUGACCUCUCAUCUCCCACCCUUACCUCGCCCCUCCCCUCAUCCCCCGGACCACCCCGGGAAAACCAAGCAACAUGGAGUACGACACACUGAACGACACCAACAUCACCACGUGUGGGAACGACACCAAUUCCACCCAUGACUUCUUGAACGUGAGUAGCAUGUACCCGCUGGACCUGGCCGUGCCCCUCUAUGGGUAUGCCAUGCCGGUGUUGCUUCUGGUGACGACGGUCUUCAACACGCUCAUCGUGGCCGUCCUGUGGCAAAAACACAUGCGCUCCCCGACUAAUGCCGUGCUCACGGCCAUGGCCCUCUCAGACAUGCUGACGGUGGUGUUCCCGGAACCCAUGUUCUUCUACAUGUACACCCUUGACAACCACGCCAAGCCUCUCUACCCACCGGCAGCCUGCUACGCCUGGAACUUCCUGCAUGAUUAUAUUCCCAACGUGUUCCACACAGCCUCAAUAUGGCUGACGGUGGCGCUGGCGGCGCAGCGGUACAUUUAUGUGUGUCACCCGCCCGUGGCCCGGACUUGGUGCACACUGCCCCUGGUUUUCAAGGCUAUAAUCUGGAUCUUCGUCUUCGCGACCAUCCACCAGGCGCCAAGGUUUUUCGACACCGUUUAUGAGUCUGUGGAGGUGGAGUGGGGCGGCGAGUGUGUAGAUGUCUGUCGGGAAACGUUCAACUACUGGGUGACUCUCAUCACCCCAAACAUCUACUUCCCUAUCUACUUCUGGUUCCGAGUGAUGUUUGUGCACCUGGGUCCCUGCAUGGUGCUGGUCGUCCUCAACAUGCUUCUCUACAGGGCCAUGAAGGAGGCACAAAAGCGCAGGAAGAAAUUGCUGCACGACAAAAACUCCAAGAAGGAAUGUAAGACGCUGCGCGACUCCAACUGUACCACACUGAUGUUAAUCGCCGUGGUGUCGGUGUUCCUGGUGACGGAGAUCCCUCUGGCCGUCAUCACUCUCCUCCACAUCAUAUCCAACAUGUUCGUCAACGUAUUCUCUACAGAGUCUUACGAAAUGCUCAUGUAUUUCUUCAUCAUAUCUAACUCCUUCAUCAUCUUCUCGUACCCCAUCAACUUCGCCAUCUACUGCGGUAUGUCGCGACAGUUCCGAGUGACCUUCCGCGACCUCUUCAUCCGUGGACGACCGCCAAAGGCGGAAAGGGACGGUUCAACUCGCUACUCAAUGAACAACGGACCACCUCGUACCUGCACUUCGGAGACGGUCAUAUGAGGGCGACAGGCACCAGCUGAAGGUGCCGAUUCGCGUCGCCCUUCAGCUGGUUGCCACCUGUCGCCUAAAUCCUCGGGAUCAACCACACUCCACAAUGGCACUCGUAGCUCUGUCGCUAGCGUCUUCGACCCGGCAGCUGACAGGUCCCCGACGAUGCGACAAGAGUACAAGAAGGGAGGAGUGUCCAAAAGGGGAGGUCUUGUACGAAACUCAACAGAAAUAGAUUACUGUCCUCUCGAUACCUUAGAAGGUGGAUGUGUGGCAGGAGAAACUCUACUCACACAAAACACAAGGCCCGGAAGCGAAGAGAAAGACACGUUGUUGUUGAGCGCUCAGAGAGUAGAGGGUCGUCGGAGUCCCGCUUCGGCCCUCAGGGUUCACUUCGAGAGCCCCACCUCCAGCGGCACUCUGGGCUCCGACACCGAGGACCACAUCGCCCCGGCAUUUAACGAAACUGUCUUGUAAACAUCAAUGUAACGCUUGUAAUGGCCUGCAGAGGUCGCCAAGAUGAUGGUGAGGCUGGUACUGUACUUUUGUUUAAGACGACAGCCAUGACAGAAGAGGAGAAGACAUCUGUUGUUUGUAACCAGAUGCAUCCGUGGCUGUUGGUGUUGAUGGACAGACACGCAAACACACACACACACACACACACACACACGCACAUAUCGGCGUAUGUCCUCCUUCUUCCCCAUGCGCACGUGUCCCACUGACAUGAACUGGUGCGUGUCCUACAAUCGCUCACUCCACGUGCUCGAGAAAACUGGUCAGCAGUUUGUAUGACAGCUGAGCCCCCAUUGUAUAAAGUGCUAACCAGUUUAUACUUCAUUAUCCUGAACGUCUUAUGAAACUGCUCGAUGACGUCUCCAUCUUUUUGAGCGUCUUGUAAACUGUUCCUCUUCGACGUUCCAUCUUCUUAUACAGUAUUUUUAAAGUGUAUCAACUUCUAUCACGCCUAAAACUGCCCUUUCUUGGCGUCCCAUCUUAGUGAACAAAGUGCUACUACAAGUUCCGUCAUCCCGGCCGUCUGUUGCUGGACCUAAGACGUAUUUUAAAGGUUGAAUCUUCUUCAACUUUUCAUCUUAUUGAAUAUCUUGUAAAACUAUUUUUUCUCAACGUUCCAUCCUCAUAAACGUCUCCAAGAAAGACUGUUUUUCCUCGACGUCUCAGCAGAAAAGAGAGAUUUUGAUGUAACAGUUUGUAUAUGGCCGUUAUGUUUUAGGAUCUAUUUUGCUGAUAUUUCUCCCCAGGUAAUACGCUUAUUGAUGUGCCAGUGGACGAGGAGGAGGGGAGAGGUAGUGGACUGUCAACAAGACUUGAUCUUGAUGUAAAUCUUUUAACACUUUUCAUCAGUUCUAACUACUGUACUAAUACCUGAUGAACUGUGUAAAACAUAUGUAAGUAAAAGGUGUUUCAUUUGUAAUUAUGAAAAAAAAACGUUAUCUGGUAAAUAAAGAUAAUUGUUGUUGUUCUGACAGACCCGGAUUCCUUGUGUAGACGGCACCAGCGCCCCGCCCACCCCGCCUUGCCCUACGCCGCUGCCUAACACUCACAUGUGCUAACUAUUGUUGCUCACCAUAGAGGCUUACCGUACCUGUGGUUGUAAAUAUAUA